AUGGACACCACUUGUUUUGGCUUUCCCAAAGAGACAUCUGGCGACCUAUGUAAAGAGACGGCACGGUAUCGCAUUCCCGUGGUAUCGCUUGAAGACUUCCAUCACACGGCGCCCGGCCCAAGCCGACCAAACUCAACUUCCACACAAGACGACAUUUCCCAUUUUCUCCUUGGCCAGCAAUUUUCUCCUCUACCGCCAUGCCGAUCCCAACACCAGAGUCACCGAACGAGUGCUGGCUGUGUACCCACCAAAAACACUUCGAACGACAAUUCUUGCGAUGUCUGUGGUGGGGUGACACCGUAUACCCGCUUCAAGGGCGUCAAGGUCCAAUGGACAAUCCGCACCUUCCCACCUGACAUCGACUCGAAGAGCCGGUUCGGUAGCAUACUCGGUGUACUGAGAACUUUGGACCACUACGAGAGAAUCGCCGUCAAGAUCGGCGCCGGGAAAGGGGCCGCUCUUCGGAAAGCCAAAGAUGAGGGAACCGAGGCAGCCUUUGGAGAUCGCCCAAGGGUUCCACCUCCGGCAGUCAUUCUCAUCAAGGCCCCAAGAGAAGAGAUGGAAAGGAAAAAUGAAAAGGAGAAGGCGGAUGAAAGGGGAGAAGAGAAAGGUCCGGUAACCCGGUUCAGCUACAGGUUAUGGGAUGAAGAAACCCAAAAGACCGAUGUGGAAACGUGCGAGUGGAAAGACGCAACACGACCAACCUUCUGGGACGAGACCAACCCGGUGAGCAGCGUCGAUUUCGUUGACCCAGACCAUGACGCUAACAGCGAUUAG